AGAAAAAUACGACUCCUUCGGCAAAACCUCCAAAAACCAAAAUUAAUGGCGCUCCCUAGCCUCUCGCCGAAACUUCCCCAUGUCGUACCGCCGGUGGCAACAGCCCAAUCAAAUCCUUCCAUACAAUUCAAAUUGCCACCUUUUGCUGGCUCCUCUGUGCUCUUUCACCGAAAAUUUGCGAUCACUAACCAAAAAUCGGGGAACGGAGCAUUUUUAAGAAGAGCCGUGGGGGAGAGCCAGGAAAGCACGGAAUCUGAGGCCGCGAAAGAAGCGCAAUCAUCGAAUGAGUCGAGUGGCGAAGUGAGCGAGUUAGGGGCGGAGAUCAAGAAGGCAAUGCUGGAGAGGAAGAAGGAAGAGAAACAAGGGGACUUGUUGAGCGGAGUAGCGGAGGAGGUUCAAGAGAUAGAAUGGCCCGCAUUUGGUAAGGUGUUGGGGACCACAGGUGUGGUGCUUGGUGUGAUUGCUGGGUCUAGCGUCGUUUUGCUCACUGUCAAUGCCGUUUUAGCUGAGUUGUCUGAUAGGAUUUUUGCUGGUAGAGGUGUUCAGGAUUUCUUUGGCUAAGAGAGAACUCUGUUUUCAAAUGUCAGUUAGUUGUUGAAGCAGAAUCACUAUCAUUGUAUAUUAUCAAAUAUUUUGUUAAGCAGAAAAUAUCUAUCAAAACACCCAAAACUCAUAUUUCUAAGAUUGCACAAAAUCCAUUAUUAUAAAGGAGAAGAACACUGCAAAUUAUCUAA